AUGGAGGCAUCCACCGCGCGCCGUCGGAGCGUGCGCAGGAAAGCGGCGACGACUCUGACGGAAAUCCCCGACCACCUCCUGGCGGAGAUCUUCCUCCGGCUGCCCGCCGCAGAAGACCUCGCCCGUGCCUCUGCCGUCUGCGUCUCCUUCCGCCGGCUCGUCAAGGACAAAUCCUUCCUCCGGGGCUUCCGCCGCCUCCACCGGCGUGCAGCUACCGUUCUCCACUCCUCCACGCCAAUGGCGACCUCCACGGCGCGCCGUCGGCACGGUCGCAAGGAAACCAAGACGACUCUCACAGAGAUCCCGGACCAACUCCUGUCCGAGAUCCUCCUCCGGCUGCCCGCCGCAGGAGACCUCGCCCGUGUCUCCGCCGCCUGCGUCACAUUUCGCCGCCUCGUCAUCGACACCGACGGAUCCUUCCUCCGCCGCUUCCGCCGCCUCCACGACCCGCUCCUCCUCGCCUUUUUCGACCGCGACGGGUUCCACCACGCCGUCCCGCCGCACCCCUCCGCGCUCGCCUCCGCUGCCGACUUCUCAUUCUCAUUCUUCCCCAACCAUGGCGACUGGGCCGUUCAGGACAUCCGCGACGGACGCGUCCUCCUCCUCCGACCCGGCGAGGGCCAGCAGCGCCGGGUCUCCAUGGAGGUUCUCCACGCCGACGAGGGCCAGCAGCGCCAGGUCUCCAUGGAGCUUGCGGUGUGCGAUCCCUUGCACCGGAGAUACGUCCUGCUUCCCCCAGUACCUGACGACUUAGUCGCUUCGGUGGCGCAUGCGGCCACGGAUUACAGGCCCUGUUGCGAGGCUUUCCUCGCCCCCCUCGAGGAAGAGGUAGAUACUGCAUUCAGCGUGAUAUGGAUGGUACAUUUCAGUACUAGGUUGGCCGCUUUGGUCUUCUCUUCAAUCACUGGACAGUGGCAAGCGGCUGCAUCCAAGGAAUGGAGGGAUUUGCUCCUUGGCCAGGGCAAGUCGACCAUGGUGUCACCGAUCGACCGUGAAUAUCACGAGCGCCAUUACGCUUAUGGCUGCUUCUACUGGGAGUCCACCACAAGUCAGAAGAAAGGGUUGCUUGUGCUUGACACCCGUACGAUGGAGUUCUCCCUUUCUGACCUCCCGCCCAGAGAAUGGUGUACGCUAGGUCUAGCCAUUGUGGAGGUAGGGGAAGGCAGGCUUGGACUGUUCGGUAUCCUUGAUAAAACUUUUGCUGGCAAAUUUGAACUCUGUUAUUACAUCAGGGGAAACAACGCUGAGAGUUCUAGCCAGUGGAAGUUGGAGAAGACAAUCUCACUAGGUUCUGGGUGCCAGCAUCAUAUCAAAACUGCAUCUGGGAGGUACUUGCUCGUAGGAAAGUUUCGAGCCAUGCAGUUCGCAGGCUCAACUCCUCGGUUGCCGGGCUUGGAAUAUAUCUCAGUUGAUGUCAGGACGUUGCAGCUUGAGAAGGUUUGUAGUAAAUCAUCUGGGUUUGCCAUGUCCAGGACUUGGAUAUAUACCAACUUCCCGCCAUCGUUGUCUUCACCGACAAUAUGAAGUGAUUCGACGGAGCCAUGGCCAGAUCAGCAUUUCCAUCUUCAGGGCUCCAAGUUUUUUGUGUUUUCGGCAGCAUGGACUUCGCUUGGAUGUGAACAGGUCUUGCCUACAAGACGAAAUUAUGAAUCUAGUCACUGUUGGUGCUCAUGCCUGAUGUCGUGCUCAUGACUGAUGUCUGACUUGUUCGUCCUUUCAUGCUCUAGUGGUCUAGAUGUGGAACUCGUUCAGUGUAGUGUAACCGACCAAUAGUUACGUGGUUGCUGUUCCAGCCUAAUAUAUAACGUGGCACUGAAGUUUAACAGUUCUGAACUUCCCAACAGUAUUUUGGAAGAUGUACUGACAUGGCCGGUUUAAGGAGCCUCUUUUCAGCGGAUUGUCCCUCCAUUCCGAAGAACUACAAA